GAUUGUGUGUGUGUACAACUUAUAUGAGCGAAGAUCAUCAAACAGCGAGUACUUCAUUAGUGGACGACUUUGAGGAAAGAUAUGCUGUGGAUGGAAUAGAAGAAGAAUUGUAUCGUCAAGGAGAACAUUACUCUCCCAUAUUAACUCCAGCUUCCAUCUCUAAUAAGCCUUCUCCUUAUCAUAUCAAAGCUUAUGGCUUUACCAAUCACUGGUUGGAACACUUAUUAAGAGAUGUUUUGAUGCUUUCCUUAUUUUCCGUUUUUGGAGUAUUAACUCGAAUUGGACUUUCUCUUUUAUUUGGUCCUGAACACGCAGACGUGACUUCAAAGACUGGAGCUUUAUUUUAUGACUUGCCACCUAAUGCUGUCGGUUCCUUUUUUAUGGGUAUAUUUGUUGCUGGCAAGUCAUAUAUACCAAGUCAAUCAGCACCUACAAUAUAUUUAUCUUUUACUACGGGUUAUAUGGGUUCUGUGACAACUUUUGCUUCCUGGAAUCAACAAGCGGUAGAAAUGUUUGCUGGUGGAAACAAAGUUGCAGCACUUUUUGAGUUAGUCAUUGGUGUAGAAUUGUGCUAUUUUUCGUUUAUGAUGGGUCUCCAUAGUGAACUGGCUUUGAAAGGCUUUGUUCGUAACUAUCUUAGAACACUAGUCAAUCGAGGCUUGGUAGGAAAUCAUAUUGAAAAGCAAAAUCAUGAAGAACAUUUUGAACAACAAGAAACUUCACAAGGAAAUGGUGUAGAAUCCACCUGGACUCCUCAUGUUGAUGAUACUCAAAGAGACUCUUCCAUGUUUGGUUCCAUUUCCAGAACAAGUUUGGAGAAUCAUCUCGAGGAAAUUCAGAGAGAGCUAAGUAGUCGAAAGCAUAGAACAUCCAGUUCUCGUCGUACAAGUACUUCCGAUGACUUUCUUGGUUAUCUUGCUGUCCAGUUGAAUUCCGUUAUUGAGAGAAUGGGUAGAAAAACAUUUUCAGAUGAACGAUAUGAAAGAAGACAACAGCAAGACAACUCCAAAGAUAUUCAGCAACAUACACCAAAGCUAAAUUCACAAGUUACGAAGCCUAGCCAAGCAACUACUCAAGAGGAUCAAAGGUUUUCGAACAAGUUAAUUUUGUUCUUAGGUUUCAUACUUUUUGUCGUUGUUUAUGGUGGUUUUAUAAGUGCAGCUGUGGUAGAUACAGAUAGACAAAGAAGAAGCUAUUGGUUUGCUUGUAUAUUCGGUCCAUUUGGUGCCAUUUCUCGUUGGCAAUUGGCAGCUUUGAAUCGAAAUGUUGUAUGGUUUCCGAAGGGUACUUUUAUUACGAAUAUGAUAGCAAGUGCAUUUGAUGCUGCUUUUGCAGCUAUUCUACUUUAUCAUGAUGAAUAUUGGUCUUUUGUUAUACUUCAUGGUCUGUCUUUAGGCUUUUGUGGUGAUAUGAGCACUGUGUCUACUUUUGUUGGAGAAAUGUAUUCAAUAGUCAAGUUGCAUCAUAAGUACUUGUAUGUUUCUAUAUCUGUCAUUUUGGGUCAAGUUAUUGGUUUGUUGAUUUAUGGAAUACCUUAUUGGAUAAAGUAACCAUUCCAACCUCCCAUUGGAUACA